AUGGCAGAUCUAGGAGCGGAGAACCUGGAAAUGUUGUCGAGCUCUUCAACUGUAUCCAAAGUGGAAGAAAAUGUUCAAAGGCAACACAAAAAUCCUGUUGUUUCCCAGGGCGAGGGCAUUGUCAUCCAUUUAACUUCACCAACAAACAGUGAGGACUGGGUAAAUUUAGGAGAAAAUGGAUCAGCCUCUUCAAAAGCUGGAGAGAAUGUUGGAAGAAGUCUAACAGUGGAUAAAGAAGGAAUAUCAGAACUGCAUAUUCCCUUUUCUGACGAGUGCCUAAACUUACCAUUGCCAGCUUCAUCCCUGCCUUCUUCCCCUUCUGUUGCUGGAUUUUUAGGUGAAUUAUUUUUCCCAUUAGUAUCAUCUUCUAUGUCAUCUUCAUCAAACUCCUGCAGUUCUUCAGAAUCAACACCUUUCAUGAGCCUAGUUAAAUCUCUGUCUGCAGAAACUGAAUCCAGAGAUACAUCUUCCCUGAAACCGAAGCCUUUGCUAAAUCUUGUUAAGUCUAUCUCAACUGAAAUUUCACGCCAUGAGCCAGAGGUUGCACAGUCAAAAUCAGACUCAAAGCUAAACAUGCAUCUUUGGCGCCAGUUCACACAACCCAAGGGAAGAAAUGGUGAUUCAAAAACAGCUCCACCAUCACCUCUGCUUUCACCCACUGAGUGUAAAAUUAGUUUUUUCAAAGUCCCUGAAGUAGAAGCCAAACUGGAGGACACAAAAAGAAAACUUUCAGAGGCUAUACAAGAACCUUUGAAUAUGCUAAGCAAGAUGAUAGGAGAAGAUAGUGCUGGAAGCCCCAAAUUUCGACCGUCACCAUCAAAUACGUGUGGCGCUGACUCCUUCUGUGAUGCCGGACCUGAACAUUGUAGCAAUGAUUCAGGAAGUAAGAAUGCAAGAUCUGGACUUGAGAAGUUCAGAAUGGAGAUACUUAAAUCAGAAAGGAAAGAGAGUGGAAGGCCACCUAACACACAGAGUUCUCCAGGAAAGUGUGCAAAAGGAAAGCAGAAGAAACAAUGUCUAUCCUUUACCCCGAGUGAUGGGGACAACAACGGCACUAGGUAUGAGAUAUGCUCAAAUGAAGAUGUGUUACAAAUUAUCGAAACGAAGCCCAGUCAGGACAAUACAUUAUGCAGUCGUGAACCAACGUUUUCCUACUCAGACAGAACCCUGACUCCACAGUCUUCUCCUAAAGUGCCAAGUAAAACUCUGAUAUGUUUUGCCACUCUUGCUUACAGCUAUUUUGUAUUGCCAUUGCCAUCGUUCUUCUCUGGCCUCUACUUAGGACUUGCCUGUGGAUUUAUGAUUGGCCUGCUAGUUAUCUCCCUGCACACACCUAGGACCUUGCAAGCUACCCCUGUCGACCUUCAGAGUUACGAAAAUCUCCAAUACGGAAACAUAAUUAGGGAACCCAAGGACCCUGAAGUGGUGAAGGGCUGGAUGAAUGAAAUCUAUAGCUACAAUCCUGAAACCUACCAUCCAUCCCUGACGUUUUCAGUCUUUGUGACACUAGAGGGUACCGCACUGAAACUCUCGUAUCCAAGAAGCAACAUCCCUCGGCGAGCAACCUUUGAUGAAGGCAAGCAUGAUGUGAUUUUCAUCAGCCAUCGAUCCUGUGACCUUGCUGAUAGCAAGAUUUUCCUUGUCCCACCUGGCCUUGCAAAGAAGAGAAUGUGGAAUAAGAAAUAUCCCAUCUGUAUUUUCCUCAGUGAGGCUGAGACCUACAAAUCCAAAUGUCCUGGAGACAGAAAAAUGAAGACGGAAAUAGAUAUUGAAGAUUCAGAAAUCACACAACAGAGUCUGACAACGGAGUUCCAGAUGAGAGCACUCAGAGAGGGCAGGGAAAAUACACUCUUCCUCUUUGGAAGAACAGGAAGAGAAAAAGAAGAAUGGUUUAGAUAUUUCCUUCUGGCAUCUAGAGUACAAUCAGAGGACAGACAGAACCACAGCAGAGGUCUCACAUCAAAUCUUGCCUCCAGCCCAUCAGGGCAAUUGAUUUACAGUGACAACAGCAGCAGAGGCAGCACAGAAGACCUGACCUCCCUUUUUAAAACUAAGGACUUGGCAGGAAACAUUCGACAGAAGAUCCUUCUGGACUACAACACUUACGUGUCAAAACUGACCGGUUCUGACAGCUGCAGUCCAUUGCUGAGCCCCAGCCAAAGCACCACCAGCAGCCCUAUCAAAAGCCAGAUGCCAGUUUGUGGGGAAUCCCAAGUAUCCUGGAUAAAUGCUUUGAUUGGACGGAUCUUCUGGGAUUUUUUACGGGAGAAGUACUGGGCGGAUCUAGUUGCUUACAAAAUUCAGAAGAAGUUGAGUAAAAUUAGGCUGCCAUAUUUUAUGAAUGAACUUACCCUCACUGACUUGGACUUGGGAACAUUGUUACCGGCAAUCAUCCGCACUUCCAGCCCAUCAAUCAAUCAAAGAGGGCUCUGGGUAGACUUGGAAAUUGCAUACCAUGGAGCAUUACAGAUGACACUGGAAACCAAGAUGAAUCUGUGUAAGCUGGGGAAAGAAUUGGUCCCAGAAGGGAUGAAUCUGGUUGACAGAAAAACAGAGAGAUCAAAGCCCCGGAGCUUGAUACUGACAGACAGCGAUGAAGAAUCUUCAAGUGCUGGUUCUUCAGACGAAGAGGAAGUAUCUACCGCAGAGCUGCAAGGAACCGCUGUUGACAAAUUAGGUCCACCUGGUGUGGAGGGUUAUAACACAGGAAGCAGUACCAGCAGGAAGAUUCUCAAAUUUGUGGACAAGAUUGCCAAAUCAAAGUACUUCCAAAAAGCCACGGAGAAUGAGUUCAUCAAGAAGAAAAUAGAGGAAGUGUCAAACACUCCACUGAUUCUGACUGUGGAGGUUCAAGAACUGACGGGAAUGCUAGCUGUAAAUAUUCCACCUCCUCCUACUGAUCGAAUAUGGUACUGUUUCCGGACACCACCUAGACUAGAAUUUAAGGUGCGACCCAAGCUAGGUGAACGGGAAGUAACCUUCACGCAUGUGACAGAAUGGAUUGAGAAGAGAUUGCAACAUGAGUUCCAGAAAGUUUUGGUGAUGCCAAACAUGGAUGACAUCUACAUUCCUGUCAUGCAUUCAGGCCUUGAUGAACCAGGCCACUCCAAGCAAUCUCCAGCAGAAAUCACAAGACAAGCUUCCCUGACCGAUACUAACAACUAG